CAACUCGGAAGAAACACGGAUUGCACUUCACUAGUUCCGCUGUGAAAAAAAACAACAUCCAAUGCAGUCCUCCUCUACAGCCGAUAUCUGACAUCGACCGGUGACUGGCCGUCCGCCUGAACACUGGCAUGUAAUCCGGCCGCGGUGAAGCUUAGCACAGCGUGCAGGAGCAGCAAGCGGCGGGGUGUGGAUGUGCUGAUAGCCUGGUAGCGAGCUCACCUGUCCGUGUGGUGGUGAUGGAGAACACCGAGGAGUCAGCGCCCCUCCGGAUCACUCCGACCGUCCGGGCGCUGAGCUCCGCACUGCGGGGGAAGCGUGACAAUGUCCCCGAUUCGAGCCGGGAAAACGGCGACAGGAUCUUCCCCGAACCGGAGAAGCUUUGGUUCAAGGAGAGCAGCGCUAAAAAUCUGCGUAACAGGGACUUCUUGUCGCCGACCACGAUGCUUAACACGCUGUAUGCGGACGGACAGGUCCCUCCAGCAGUGAUGUCCAGGGUCCUGUCCCUCCGUGGCACUGGGGUUCUCCCUGUGGCUGGUGGGGAGGUAAUGGGUGAGGGACUGAGGGUGAGGGUGGACCGGGCAGCAGCCUUUAGGGCUGUCCUGGCAGGUGGAGCCACAGACUACCUGAAGCCCUCAAGUCAGAGGCAAGGCUGUGUGGUGCUCAACUGCCCCGCGCUGCACCCUAAACCCAGCACUCCCACUCCGGAUACACUGACUCUGGGCCAGCUGAGGACUGUUCUGUUGGCUGACCACAUGGGGGCGCUGUUGAGAAGACAGGGAUUUGCAGUGUCCUAUUGCCCUACGCUUCCUGAAGACAGCGACAUCAUCACCUUUCUCAGAGCUCUGGGCAUCGAUUGGCCGACAGCCCCAGCCAACUGGACCAACGAGAAGCGGGAGGAGAAGAUCCAGGAGGCGCUGGAGAGCUCCCCCUACAGAGAGAGGGAAACAGAAAGAGGCAGGAGGACCAGCGGAGGAGGAGGAGGAGGAGGGAGGAAGGCAGAGGAGGGAGAGAACGAGGGAGCACUCAGGGUCAACCUGAAAAGAGUGUUCCAGGAGGAGGGGCUGCUGGGAUACGACCCCAGCCUAGGUACCUGCACAGUACACAGAGACAGUGUUUCCCAUCUGGCGCAACUGGACCUAGCCACAGCCGACUGCUCAGUAGCCAUGGCAACGGCGUUACAUGUGACUUCCUGUCAGGAUGAGUUCCGCCAGCAGCAGAUAGCGGUGCUGUGGAGAGCCAGUGGAGCGACACACACACAGAGACAUCUGGUGUGUGGGCCUGUGAAGACUCCGGGUUCUCACCUCACUGCUGCUCAGUACCUGCAGCUGAGAAGAGGUCAGAUGAAGGAGGCCUCAGAGAUGAAGUAUGGAGAUCAAGUAGAAGGUCAGACGUGGGAUGACAUCAUCAGGGUCAUGACCUCCGCCACUGUCAGAUUUGAGCUGCUGUCAACUGUCCACACUAGUCCUGUGACACUGGACGUCCAGAGGGAAGGGGGCGUGUCCACCAAAGGGCCGAGAGGAGGAGUGUUUGUGAUGUAUAACUGUGCCAGACUGCACACUCUGUUCGACAGCUAUGAGAGAGGAGUGGAGAAGGGUCUAUACCCAGAAAUCCCUGAAGGCUCCCAGCUAGACUUCUCUGCUCUUAAAGAAGAGGGCGAGUGGCUUCUCCUCUUCAAUUACCUCAUUCCGUUCUCCGAGCUGCUGGACCAAUCAGGACAAGCGUUAGACUGUGAAGGAGGAGGAGCCAGAGUCAAUAUUAAGACUGAACAGAUCUGCAAAUUCCUCGUGUCUCUCAUUUUGUCUUUCUGUUUUUCCUUCCAGGAGCCGUUGCCUCAUCUCUUCAACCAGAUGUUCUGUCGUCUGUAUCUGUUAAGAGCAUUGAGAGAGCUCUACCACAGUGCUCUGGACAUCCUUAACCUUCCCCCCAUCAGGCAACUAUAGCCACGACAUAGUUCACUCUUCCUGUGAUCACUGUUAUCCCCUCCUCUCCACCCAUCUCACACGAACACACACUCACCUAUGUUUAGUAGCUUCAUCAUGUGCACACUUUGUUUAGCAGUGAACAAAUCGUGACCUUUCCCUCUUUUUGGCAGUGGUACAGUACAGUCUGAGGCUGUUGGUCAAUUAUGAGAUAUAGUUUUACCUGCCCACUGCUGUCAAUCAGAUGACUAUAGCUGGACAUACUGUAACUGUAAGAAUAUUUAAAGGACAUCAUCAGUAUGGUUAGACAUUUUGGGAAAUUAUCUGUUUCUCCCUUUCUGAGUCAGAGGAGAAGAUUGAAACCAAAUAUGAAGCUACUGCAAGCAACCAGUUAGCUUAGCUUAGCAUAAAGUAAAGUAGGAGGAAACCACAAACCUGGCUCUGUCCAAAAGGUAACUAAAUUUACCUAUUGGUUAAUUAACGAGUUACAAAGUCAGUGGUCCUAGUCGCCCCUUUAAACACCCCUUUAAAAUAUUGCAUUGUCGUUUGGUUUUUGUACGUAUUCAAUAAACAAAAGUCAAUGUGCCGGUGAACUUCAGAGGUGCUGGUAGGCAGACUGAACUUUGGACAGAAUGAGGUUCACUGUUUCCCCCUGCUUCCAGUCUUUAAGCUGCACUAAGCUAACUGGCUGCUCAUAUUUACUGUACAUACAUGACAGUGGUAUCAAUCUUACUCUCUAACUACCGCAAAUAAGCAUAUUUCGCAAAAUGUCAAACUAUUGCUUUAAGUUUGGAUUAGUUGCUAAAUGCAAUGUCCCUCCCAUAAUCAUACUAGGCUUCAGAAUUUUAACAGCCACAUAAGGUCCAGUCUACAGUGUCCUUGUUACGGAGGAUGGGAUGCUUUGUCUGUUGAAGCCCUACAUUGUAAUUUUAAAUUCUACUCUAAUCAUGUGACCAUGCAGUACAUUUAUACACACACCUGAGACUUUUACUCUCAUUUUGGUGCCAAAAUCCCACCAGUAGACGCCCCAUCUAAACUGUAAUAAGACUUGUUACAUGUUCUAAUUUAUUAUUAUCACAGUUGCCCCUUACUUAAUGUCACCCGUCUUUGAAACACAUAAAAGUGUCUUAGUCACUGCCUGAAGAUUUUUUAACUUUAAGGUCACAUUUUAUGUGUUACCAACCUUGUAUUUAUCAAUGCCACACAAAUAUUUAUUGCUAGUUCAAAAAGAGAUCUGUACAGAAAAUAUAUUCUGCAUAUGAGUCUUAAAUGCUGUGUUACUAUUAUUAUUCAGAGCCCUCUGAUUCAUCACAGUCGUCCUGCUUGAAAAAAUCCUAAUGUUCAAUCAAU